AGCUGCCUUUUCUCCACUGAAUUCUACUCCAUUCUUUCUCUCUCCACUUGUUGCUGCAGAUGCAGUCACAUGUUCUUUUCUCUCUCAUCACCAUGAUUCUCUUCUUAUAUAUAUACUAAUACACAUGCAUGGUGUGUCCAAUUAACCUAGCUUAAGUUGAUCAAGCAUCUCUACUACCAUCUUCUCCUUUCUUUAAUCCUUAUACACAACCUAGCUUAAUUAGCUCUCUCACCAUUCAUCUAUCUAUGUCUCUUCCUCCAAGAAGUUGAAGCUUAGCUGCAUCAAGUUAGAUUUUAUUUUUAUAGUAUAUAUAAUAAUUAUAUAGAUAUAUAUAGUUAUAUAUACUACAAACACAGAGAGGAAGAAGCUAGAGAGUCAUUGCAUUUGCUUCUUCUUCCACCUGAGCGCGCGCCGCGGCGCCGGCGGCGAACGCGUCGUCGUUGAUCGAGUCGAGGUGGAGAGAGGCGGUGGCAUGGCGGCGGCGGCGAGGUCGUCGACGAAGGGGGUGAGGAGGACGAAGAGCCUGAUAUCGAGGACGCUGGAGCGGUGCAAGUCCGGGCUGAGCAGCGGCGGCGGCGGCAGGUCGGCGGCGGCGCCGGUGGCCGGGUGCUUCUCGGUGUACGUGGGGCCGGAGCGGGAGCGGUUCGUGGUGCGCACCGAGUACGCCAACCACCCGCUGUUCCGGCGGCUGCUCGACGACGCCGAGCGCGAGUACGGCUACGCGGCGCAGGGGCCCCUCGCGCUGCCGUGCGCCGUCGACGCGUUCCUCGACGUGCUCUGGCAGAUGGAGCGCGACGGCUGCGGCGGCGGCGGCGACGACGACGACGACCUCUCCAUCGGCGGCGGCGGCGCGGCGUCGCCGAUAUGCGGCCUCCCGAGCUGCGGCAGCAAGGGCCGCGCGGCGGCCGCCGGCUACCGCAUGCUGAGCCCGGCGAGGAUGACGUCGAUCUUGUCGAGGUCGUCUCCCAUGGCGACGCCGAGCAGGAAGAGGUGAUGGUCGAGCAUUUGCAAGCCUGCACUGAUCAACACUGAUCAAAGUUCUGAAUAAUCCAUGGCGAUCGAUCGAUCGAUCGAGGGAUGACUGAUCAAAGUUCAGUUUAAUUAAUUAAUUAGUUAAUUAAUUAGCUAGUAGUAAGCUUUUUCAGCUACCUGUUUCGAGAUCAAAAUGUACUAUAGCAUUUUGCUGAUCAUUAGGCUCAAGUAUACAGAUUAAUCUAGAGCUAGCCGUGUACAGGUCCAUACAGGCAUAGAGUGAUAGAGAUCAUUUGAAAGGAAAAAAAAUUCUACAUGUGUGACACAAAGGAGAAAUUUUGAGAAUUUGAGACAUGUUUAAUUUUCUCUGUACAUAUGUGUACUGGUAACAUAUGGUUAAGCUCCAAUUAAUUAUGAAGCAGUUUAACUAA